UCUCUCUUUUAGAGGAGCCCAUCUUUGUUCAACUGGAUAAAAAUGUAAAGCUUAAAGGCAACUUCUGGUUUCCUGUAUGUUUUUAUCAAGCAAAACCUCAGAAGCUGCACAGCAUUUUUGGCAAGCCAGGCUUCCAGGAGAGGUGCUUGGUCCUAGGGAGGCUCAGGAAAGGGGAAGGCGCCAAGCGCGCUCCGGGAUUUCCUGGAGGUGCCCCCUUUCUUGACUCUUCACUGUGGUUUUUAACAGGAACCCAUUUUUUCUUCUUUUUGGUUGCCUUUUACUUCGUUCCUGCAUGCUCAGGAGGGCUGAAGAUAGCGUACUUACAGAGAUGAGGCUGUCUCACGUAGCCAUGGUGUUGGGGGUGAGCAUGUUUGCCCUCACCGCCAGCAGCCUCCUCAACUUCAAGCUGAUGAUCCAACGGAUCACGCAGAAGAACGUGCUCGUGCAUUUCAACGGCUACGGCUGCUACUGUGGGAAGGGCGGCCGAGGGAAGCCGAGGGACCCCACAGACAUGUGUUGCUAUAACCACGACUGCUGCUAUGAAAAUUUGCACCACCAAAAUUGUCACCCUUUCAUCGACCACUACAGAUACCUGAUUAUCAACAACAGCGUCCUCUGCAAGUACAAGAACAGAUCAGUGUGUGCCACCUUGGCGUGCGAAUGCGACAAGCAUGCCAGUUUGUGCUUCAAAAGGGAAGCACCAACCUAUAACCGCAAAUUGCGACAUUAUCCCACUGUUUUGUGCAAAGAGUCAACUCCCAAGUGUUUUCCUGGGCCCGAGUUUUGAGGGGGGCUCUGAGCAACCUGCAG